AUGGAGAAAAGCCAAAAAUUUGCACAACUUUAUAUACAUGACACAGAAAAUGAAAUCUCAAAUAGAUUAGGUUUUAUCCAAGGUGAUAACGAAAAUAAUCUUCUUCAAGAGAAACUGGUAACAAACAUUUUGCAUAUGCUGGACAAUCACAAUGUCUUGGUAAAAUCAUUUAGGAUGGUCAGAGAUAAAUAUGAUCACCAUGAUGUCGGAGAAUUGAAACUAAGAUUGCUUAGCAAUAGGUUGACUGAUGGGAGACAAAAUAACCUGCCCUCUUGCUCAGAAGUUGCUGCGCUUUUAGUUGAUCAAACCUCAAAUGAAGAAAGUCAUCGCGAUAUAAUUGUUGAACACAAAACAACUGGUCUUCGAAGAAUUACAGAAUUGCACCCAAGUUUCAUGGCACUACAAUAUCCAUUAUUAUUUCCAUAUGGAGAAGAUGGUUAUAGGAUUGGGAUAAGUCAUCGAAAUCCAGAAACAGGGAGUUGUUACAGGCGAAAAACAGUUACUAUGAGACAAUAUUAUUCUUUUCGCUUGCAACAACGAGCUGGAAAGGCACAAACAUUGUUACGGAGUGGGCGUUUGUUCCAACAGUACAUGGUAGAUGCUUAUGCUUCGAUCGAAGAAGUUAGAAUCAAUUGGAUUAGAAAGAAUCAAAAGCAAUUGCGUGCAGAACUAUAUAAUGGAUUGAGAGAUGCUAUUAAUCAAGGAGAUGUCAUGACAAAUUCGGUUGGUAGAAUGACAAUUCUUCCAUCGUCUUAUACUGGUGGACCGCGAUAUCGUGUUCAAAAUUACCAGAAAUACAAUUUUUUCCUUGAAACUGUUGAAGGACAAAAAAGUGAAGACAUACCUGACAUUAUUAGUCGUGUUUUCUCUAUUAAGUUAUGGGAGCUAAUCAAUGAUAUUAAACGUCAACAAAUAUUUGGUAAAGUCACAACAGAUAAAAUACAAACACCAUCUAAGAUUGAUGAUACCAUAUCGGCAGAAAUUCCGGAUAAAGAUAUUGACCCUCUUACUUUUAGUGCAGUUGAACGAUUUAUGAUACAUGGACCAUGUGGUAUUUUAAAUAAAAAAUCUCUGUGUAUGGUUAAUGGAAAAUGUGGGAAGCACUAUCCAAAGAGAUUUCAUGAUAAAACAUCAAUAGAUGAAGAUGGGUUCCCUAUAUAUAUGCGACGAAAUGGUGGUCGAUAUAUCUUGAAGAAUGGUAGCCAACUUGAUAGUCGGUAUGUGGUCCCAUACAAUAGACAUCUUUUGAUAAAAUAUGAUGCCCAUAUUAAUUUUGAGCUUUGCAAUCGUUCUAGAUCAAUUAAAUAUCUUUUCAAAUAUAUCAACAAAGGUCCCGAUCGAGUUAGAGCAGUCAUCUCUAAUGUAGAAAACUUUGAUAACAGUUCAACAAGUUCAAUGCACUUUCGCGAUGAAAUUAAAGAGUAUCUUGACUGUAGAUACAUUUCUCCAUCAGAGGCUUCGUGGAGAAUUUUCAAGUUUAAUAUGUUUUUUAGAGAACCAGCAGUCGAACGCCUUUCCUUUCACCUCCAUGGGCAGCAAACAAUAUAUUUUCCAGAAUCUAUACGUAUUUCUACCAUUUUAAAUAGAGAAGGAAUUGAAACCACGAUGCAACGCCGACUACUAAACUUCCCCGACCUCCAUUUGUCAGAUGACCAAUUAAAAAACUAUGCGCUUUCAGAGAUACAAAAACAUCUUAGAAAGGUCGGCAAGUCUUUGGAAGAUUACAAAGGAAUGGCCAUUCCCAAUAGCAAUGUAAUUGAGGAACUGAACAACCGACUUAUUACGGAGGAGCUAAAUUAUGAUAUGUUAAAAAUGCAUGAAGAAUACUCUCAGUUGCUACACGGUCUUAAUUCAGAUCAAAAGGCAAUUCAUGAUUUUGUGCUUCAAUCAAUUACCUUGAACUUUGGAAAGUUAUUCUUUGUGUAUGGUUCUGGUGGAACGGGAAAAACUUACCUUUGGCGAACACUACUUGCAAAAUUAAGAUCAGAAGGUAAGAUUGCUCUAGCUGUUGCAACCUCUGGCGUUGUUGCUCUAUUACUACCGGGUGGCCGAACUGCACAUUGUAGAUUUCAAUUACCUUUGAAUCCAAAUGAGGCUUCAACAUGUUCAAUCAAUAAAGGCACCCAUGGCCAACAAAUAUUGCUUUGA